CGGGCACCCGUUGCACAUCCCGUAUGCUCGGCAGGCGUGGUCUCUUCUACACGGCACAAGAUGAUUCUCCUCGAGACACAAAAUCGAAUUAUUUUAGACACGUUUCGGGCAAAGCUAAAUGCCGAGAAACUCGAUGCCAUUGAUAUAACAGUCGCCGACUUCGACGGCGUUUUGUUCCACAUCUCUAACCCGGAUGGUGACAAGACAAAACUGAUGUUGAGUGCGUCGGUCAAGUUCUACGCCGAGUUGCAAGCGCACGGCGCAGAUGACUUGUUGAAACGCGAGUAUGGAGACUACCUGCAGGCCACUCCGGAGUCAGGUUAUGAUGUAUCGCUUGUGUACGACUUGGAAAAGAUGCCGGCAGACAAAGAAACUGUUAUCCAAAAGGCAGCGCUGUUGAAGAGGAACUGCUUCGCGUCCGUCUUUGAGAAAUAUUUUAAUGCCCAGGCGAAGGGAGACACCAGCGAAUCUCGUGCCAUUGUUCACUACAGAGACGACGAGACAAUGUAUGUGUCUGCUGAGAAAGAUCGUGUCACUGUCGUGUUCAGUACGAUCUUCAAGGAUGACGACGACAUCGUGAUUGGAAAAGUGUUUUUGCAGGAAUUCCGCGAAGGUCGUCGUGCGAGUACAACAGCCCCUCAAGUUCUCUUCACUCAUAAAGAACCUCCUAGGGAAUUACGCGGCACCGAUGCAAGGGUCGGAGACAACGUCGGUUAUAUCACAUUCGUGUUGUUCCCUCGACACACGGGCGAGAAAACCAGAGACAACACCAUCGAUCUGAUACACACAUUCAGAGACUAUCUCCAUUAUCACAUCAAGUGCUCAAAGGCAUACCUACAUUCGCGUAUGCGAGCUCGUACAUCUGAGUUCUUGAAAGUCCUGAAUCGAGCUCGUCCGGAGCCGAAGACAGUAGAGAAGAAAACCGCACAGGGCAAAUCGUUUGUGCAAAAGAGAAUGUGACCGCGUCGGCGCAAGAUUAUUAUGGGGACCAAGUGAAACAAUCUCCGAGCUGUGUGUUCUUAGGUAGUUGUUAAUUGCUCUUUUUGGAUCAUGUUCUACUCGUGUAAUCGGUUUGAGGCAAGAGAUUGAAUGCCGUUCAUUCA